AUGAAUCCGUGGAGUAGCCAAGAGCACAUGCUCAUUGAUGGAAAUUCGCAGAAACUGAUGCUAGGAGAAGAGGAUGACUCGAACUCAAAGUCGGGGAUGGACGACCUCGACCUACUGUUGACCUCGACACAGUCAUCCGAACCAAACAAUAAUAAUCUGGCAGAGCUGAAGCCGCUGCCUCCUUUCACGGGCUACACCGGCCACUUGAGUAUCAACGGCAUAUCAGGCCACCACUAUCAUACGAUCGCCAGUGCUCCCAGUCCUCCAAGAGUGGAAGCCAACAACAAUUCGUCCGAAGCGACGAAUCAAAACACGAUUUAUUACACGACAGAUCAAGUAGUCAGUUCAUCUACGAUGGACUGUACACUAGAGAACAUCAAGACAGAAGCUGUAGACUACAACAGUCUUCUGGCUCCAGAUAUUGAAGACAUCGCGGCCAUUAUAGGCUCUGCGAUUGCCGACACGACAGUUCCAGGCUCGAACGCUGCCAACAGCAAUGCGAGCAACGGAGAGACGUCGCGGGACAGCUGGAUAGACAUCGAUGCCUGGAUAGACACCGCUUGCAGCCAGAGCACGGGCAACGGGAAGGCCAUUAUCUCGGCCGAGAGUCUACAGGAGUUCGUGGCCAACUCGGCCUUCGGCGUUGCCUCUCCGCCGCUGAGCUACGGCGGGAUCCAGGUGAAGAGAGAGCCGGCGUCCUCCUACAUGCCGCUGCUGCAGAGCAGGCUCCAGAACGGGCCGCCCAAGGGUGAGAUAUCCUACGGCCUCGUCUCCGAGUGCCCGUCGCCUUCCUCAUCCACCCCCUACCUGGCACAUUCGCCCCCCGGGCACGUGGUCAGCACCUCCGACCUCGUCAGGUACACCCCGGUCCACAGCUCCCGCCCCUCGCCAGAGCUCCAGGUCUCCUUUCCGCAUACCACCACUCCAGGAAAGAAGAGUAAAGCCAAGUCCAAAUCCAAGUCCGCGGCUGCAACAAGCACCGUACUCUACUCGGAGCCAGGCCUAGGGAAGGAGAAACCGGUCCACAGGUGUACCAUCUGUAACAGGGGCUUCCUCAACAAGUCCAACAUCAAGGUGCACCUUCGCACCCACACAGGAGAGAAGCCAUUCAGGUGUGAGGUCUGCGGGAAAGCCUUCAGGCAAAAGGCUCACCUGAUCAAACAUGCACAGAUACAUAAAAGAAUAGGCAGGGACUGA